AUGGUGAAGUCUUUGGAAGGCCUAACGGGCGAGGAAAUCGCCGACAUCGCUUACGCCCAAAAUUCUAUCCCACCUUCAGGCCUAGGCGCAAUAUGCGAGGUUCUAAUUUACGUUUUUGGUGUCAUUUGCACUAUCGUGGUAUUACUCAGAGUCUACGUUCGGAUGUUCAAGAUCCAGAACGAUGUCAAAUGGCGACUAAAUGACUACUUGGCUGUGGUUGGGUUUCUUCCAUACAUUCCAGCAGCAGUCCUCGGAGCAUUAUCAGUCCACUAUGGCGUCGGCGCAACAGACGCGUACCUCGACAAAUUCGAAAUGCGAAACUUCAUCACUGUCCGUGGUAUGGAAUACCUGAUUUUGUACGAACUCAUAUACUACGCGUCCUCGACGAUAACGAAAUUCGCCAUCGCAGUCACGAUCUUAUACAUAUGUGUCGAGAGACGAUAUAAAUACAUUAUGUAUGGGAUCAUGUGUAUCAUGACUGUCACUGCUGCUAUAUGCGUGGUAUGGUUCUUCGUCAACUGCAUUCCUUUCCAGGGGUACUGGAAUCCUGGCGCAGGCGAAUGCAAGUCUGCGGAUGGGUUUUUAAACCUGAGCUACGUUGGCACAUCUGCGCAAGUGGCCAGUGACUGGGCUUGUGCACUGACGCCUUUCUUUAUCGUCUAUUCGUUACAGAUGACGAGACGGAGUAAGAUCGCAGUCGUCGGCAUCCUGGGGCUUGGUGUAUUGGCUAGUAUUGCUGCUCUUAUGCGCAUUAUUUCGUACCAGUACAUCGAUAUACGGAAGUACCCUAAGGACCACAUGGUUUCCCAGAGUCGACUUCUUUUAUGGUCGAUCCUAGAAUCCAGUCUCGCCAUUAUUGCUUGCUCAUUACCCGCGCUCAAAGUCUUUGGCGGCUGUCUAGUCAAGUCGAUGAAUCGCUCCAAAGGAACACCUAGACCAAAGUUGGGAUACAAUGACCCGACUCCGAUGAACUCACUUGGCCCAAGCGGCCAUGCACGGACUACAGUGUCUGUAAGAGGAAAUUGGGACAGGCUCCAUGAUGAUGACUCAAGUGCAAAGCAUAUCAUGGUGGAGAGUCAGAUUCACGUGGAUAGCAGUUAUCGACAAGGGUCUUGUAGAGCGCCGAGUAUCGCCUAG